UCGCUUUUGUCAUUCCAGUUUGCGUACUUUGUCGCGAAGUGUUCUUUUGAAAGGAAAAAACGCGUUCGAAAUUUAAUGCUCAAAAUUCGAUAUUUUUUGGUAAUUACAAUUUGUGAAGUAUUUUGCACAUAAACGGCAAGCUUUCCUCACUAAAAAGGAAUUUCUAAACAUACAACGGAAAAAUGUCUUCGCGCUUGAAUCUUGUUCGGGCCUUUCUAAGUCAAUCAAGUUCAUCCGGAGAUGCCGCCGAACGUACGCAGGCACCGUCUUCCGGUGAUGCCCCCAGCGAAGGCGUCGACAGUGGAUUUCAAACCCGCACCCCAGAAAGCACCCCAACGACACAACGGAAAGGAAUUGGACGCGGUCAGUUGACUUCCGAUGCCGGUAAGGCCACCGGUACCUCUGGAUUGGAUUCGUCCGAAUCCGACGACAAACAAUCCAGCAUCGCAUCCGCUAUGCCGUCGCUGAGUGGCCGUGGAAGAGCUCAGUUCAUUCAAGCACUCAUCCGACAACCUUUCGAACCAGCACCUUCAGUAGUGUCCGACGAUUCGUCAUCCUUGGCUUCGGCCAGAGUGUCGCAGAUCGCAUGUGGACGAGGAAGAUUUAUACAACAGUUGUUAAAUACGGCUGCGGAUGCGGAGAGUGUCGAAACUCAAUCGAACGGCAAGAACGAUGAACUCUCCGAGGGAAUGUCACAGGUCACAAUUGCUGAAACGGUGGAAACGGUUGAGAAAGCGCCGGUCAUCAAAACUGGAUCGAAAGGUAUUCCUGUUCAGCUAAUGACAAAUUAUAUACGCCUGGCCUGUGACCCGGACCGCGGAAUUUACGAGUAUGAAGUCCGAUUCAAUCCGGUGGUGGACUCCAAAGCUAUCCGAGCUCGGUAUAUCGCCCAACAUAAAGAUGUUCUUGGUAAUGCCAAAACUUUUGACGGAGUAAAACUCUAUCUACCGAGGAAGCUUCCCCAAGCGGAACUCAUUUUGCACUCACAGAACCCGGUUGAUGGACACGAUGUAACGAUUAAGAUCAUCUAUAAACGCAAACAGCGGAUGAGUGAGAACAUCCAGUUCUACAAUAUUCUAUUCCAACGCAUUAUGAAGGUCCUCAAAAUGGUCGAGAUGGGCCGCAAGAAUUUUGACCCUUCCGAACCAAAGCUUAUUCCGCAGCAUCGGUUGGAGAUUUGGCCAGGGUAUGUUAGCGCUGUGGAUGAAUAUGAAGGGGGCCUGAUGUUGAACCUUGAUGUAUCCCAUCGGGUGCUUCUCCAAACAACGGUUCUGGAUCACAUCCGGACAUUGGCAAGGGCAAAUCCUCAAGAUUAUAAAAAUAUGGCAACUAAAUCACUGUUGGGCGCCGUCAUUCUAACCCGGUAUAACAAUAAAACCUAUCGCAUUGAUGAUAUUCUGUUCGAUCAGAAUCCUACCAUGACAUUCGAAGCCAAUGGAAAACCCAUAUCCUAUGUACAAUACUACAAGCAGCAGUACAACAUCGACAUCCAUGAUCUUAAGCAGCCAUUGCUGAUCAAUCGCAAGGAACGUCGUGUGGCGGGACAAGACAAACCUAUUGAAAUGAUAAUGUGCCUAAUUCCGGAGAUCUGCUAUCUAACCGGACUAACUGACGAAAUGCGAAGCGACUUCAAAGUGAUGCGAGAUAUAGCUGCCUUCACCAGGGUUUCGCCGAAUCAACGGUUGAACAGCAUGCGCAUAUUCUGUCGCAGCGUAAACCAGAACAAAGAGGCUCGCGAAAUUCUUGAAGUUUGGGGUCUGACACUCGACAUGGAAGCACUCAUCAUGCAAGGACGUUGCCUGGAAGAAGAAAAGGUACACUUCGGUAGCGCUAGCGUUGGCGUUGGAAAAAGUGGGGACUUCAAUCGUGCCGUCACCAGCAACAACGUCAUGCAAGCGGUUAACAUUCGAAGCUGGUUGCUGAUUCACACAGCGAAGGAUACCAAAAUUGCCAAAUCAUUCAUGGACUGCGUUGAUCGCAGCUGUCGUCCAAUGGGUAUUCAAAUCGGACCACCAACAAUUGAGGUUCUUCCAGCCGAUAAAACGGAACUGUACGUCCAGCUGCUGCGAACGAAGAUUCGUCAGGACACGCAAAUCGUUGUAAUAAUUUGCCCAACAUCUCGUGAUGACCGAUACGCUGCAAUCAAACGUAUCUGCUGCUCGGAAAUCCCCGUGCCGUCGCAAGUGAUCAACGCCAGGACUCUGAGUAACGAGGCCAAAAACCGAGCCAUUGUGCAAAAAAUCAUCCUUCAGAUGAACUGCAAACUGGGUGGAACAUUGUGGAGCAUCCGGAUUCCGUUCACAAAUGUAAUGAUUGCCGGCAUCGACACGUAUCACGAUCCGAAGCAGAAGAGCAAUUCGGUCUCCGCGUUCGUUGCUUCACUAAACGGAGAAUACACGCGAUGGUAUUCGCGUGCCUGCAUUCAGAGCAAAAAGGAGGAAUUCAUAAACGGACUGUGCGCAUCGAUGGAGAAGGCGUUGAAGGCGUACCAGAAGGCAAAUUGUCAACUGCCAGGCAAAAUCAUCAUUUUCAGAGACGGCGUUGGUGAUGGUCAGCUUCGUAUGUGCUCGGAGUAUGAAAUCCCACAGCUCCAGGAAUCGUGUAAACUUGUGGAGCCAAACUACGUCCCGGAGAUUACGUUUAUUGUCGUCCAAAAGCGCAUCAACACCCGAAUGUUCCGAAUCGACGGUAACAAUUUGGAGAAUCCAAAUCCGGGUACCGUGCUGGAUCACACGAUCACUCGGCGCAACCAUUUCGAUUACUUCCUGGUGCCGCAGUCGGUCCGUCAGGGUAGUGUUUCGCCCACGCACUACAUAGUGGUGCACAAUCAGUCGGACCACUCGCCGGACAUUUUGCAACGGUUGAGCUACAAGCUGUGCUAUCUGUACUACAACUGGCCGGGAAGCGUCCGAGUUCCCGCUUGCUGUCAGUACGCGCACAAAAUGGCCUACCUCAUAGGACAAUCGGUAAAACGAAAUCCGGACGAGGCGUUGAACGACAAGCUGUUCUAUCUGUAGAAGCACCAUCAUCAGUUUACUUCCUUUUUGGAAACGGAUUGUUCCGUUUCAGCCAGUGGGACUGGUUUUGUUUCGUUUAUGUUUUGUUUUAUCGAGUUGCUAGAGAUAUUAAUCAAGAGUGCUUCGUUAUCAGUGACAUGUAUCUUACAAAGAUCUCUUACUAGCUUUGUUACACAUUCGACUUCUAACUGAAGACUGAAUUUAUUCUUUUUUUGAGUUUACUCAUGACGUGUGACGAGCGAAAUAUCAUUGAAUGAAGGUACCUCUAUUGAAUCAAAUCGAUUGACGAAAGUUUCCAAUUCCUGGCACUAAGUGCUUUUUAAAACAAUUUUAUCUGUUUAUCCAGCAGCAUAGCAUAAUAAAAAGAUAUUGGCUGUCGUUUCUGUAGUAAGUAAGGGAUUAUCUCUAUCUAUAGAGAAACGUUUAAAAUAACUACUGAAAAUUAUUCUCCAACCACUUCAUUUUCCAUAACCCAAAGUUCAGUUGUUUCCAAAUUAGGCUAUCAUAGCAUUAAUAAUUAUUUUGACAAUAGAUGAUUGCAAACGAAUCGAAUCAAUAGACCAAUUUAUGAAAGCUUUUGGAUAUUUAUCAAUAAAUUAAUUCUUCGCUUUUGAAAAAUAA